AUGACUACUCUUGAAAGCUUAGAAGCCAAAGUCAUCCUUACUUCAUCCCCAAUCCGAGGAGUGGGAGAUGGAAUGGAAACUGAGGAGCCACCUAAAUCUAUUGAAGUUACUCCUGGAAUCCAACCUAUAACACAUCACAUCCUUCAGAGUCCACGAAAGAAAGCAGUCCCAUCAGAGAGCCCAGGAGUUCUUCAGCUAGGGAAGAUUCUUGCUGAAAAAGCCGUGGAAGUCGAAGCUGUAAAAAUAUUAGUUCCCAAAGCCGCUAUAACCCAUAAUAUCCCCUACAAAAAUGCAAAGGUUAAGUCUCUGGGACAUCAUAAAGGAGAACUCCUUGGCCAGCCAGAUGGAGUCAUAGAACCCAGAAAGGAACUGUCCGAGGUAAAGAAUACAUUGGAAAAGCUCAAGAACUCUGAAAGGAGAUUGCUACAGGACAAAGAAGGCCUUUCAAGUCAGCUCAGAGUACAGUCAGACGUCAAUCGUGAGUUAAAAAAGCUGCUGGUGGCUUCUGUUGGGGAUGACCUUCAGUAUCACUUUGAACGUGUAGCCCGUGAGAAAAAUCAGCUUAUUUUAGAAAACGAAGCCCUGGGUCAAAACAUUGCUCAGCUUUCUGAACAGUUAGAACGGAUGUCGAUACAGUGUGAUGUGCGGCGAAGUAAAUUCCUCGCAAGCAGGGUUAUGGCAGAUGAGUUAACCAACUCCAGAGCAGUUCUGCAGCGUCAGAACCGUGAUGCACAGAGCGCUAUACAAGAUCUCCUGAGUGAACGGGAACAGUUUCGUCAGGAAAUGGUAGCUAUGCAGAAGUUGCUGGAGGAGCUCUUGGUCUCUUUGCAGUGGGGAAGGGAGCAAACUUACUACCCUAGAGGGCAACCUCACAGCACGGCAGAACUGGCAUUAACAAAUCACAAGCUGGCAAAAGCAGUAAAUUCUCAUCUUCUGGGAAAUGUUGGCACUAAUGGUCAAAAAAAGGUUCCAUCAACAGUUGAAUUCUGCAGUACUCCAGCAGAAAAAAUGGCUGAAACGGUUCUACGCAUUUUGGAUCCAGUUACAUGUACAGAAAGCUCACCUGAUAAUCCAUUUUCCGAGUCUUCACCAACCACCUUACUUGCUACAAAGAAAAAUAUUGGACGAUCUCAUCCCUAUACAAGAUAUGAAAAUAUAACUUUCGAUUGCUGCAAUCACUGCCAGGGAGAACUUGUUGCCCUUUAA